UAAACUUCAGCUGCUCAUCACAUGUGCAAGAUGAGAAGACACUUACUUGGAAUACUUGUACUUUUGAAAUAUUGCAUUUGCGGUGAUGUGCAGGACUUUGAUGGAGACAUUAAGGACUUUGUAGUUGGUGACAGUAAGUUAUUUGUUCUUACUGACCGUCGACUACAUCAGAUGAGACACGAUCUAUAUGAGGAGAAGAGAAAAGACAUCACUAGAGUUAACAUUCUGGUGCCUUUUGACACCAACGGCACCCUGAUAACGUGUGGGACUUUUCAAGAUGGAUAUUGUGAAGUUCUUGAUAUAAAUGACAUUACAAACAGUAUUUUCUAUGAAAGUGAUAUACCGUUAAGGUUACGACAGAACGAGAAAUCUGUUGCCUUCAUAGCCGGUACGUACCUUUUGGUUGGGAAAAAGGACGACGAUGCAAAUCUUCAAGAUACCAGGUAUUCUGUUGUUAGCUUGCUGAGCACUUUACAUUCUCAACCAGGUGGAAUUUUCUCAAGAAUAUCAGAAGGAUCAGAGGCCAUCAUUCAGAGCACAGUGAGAGAUGUGGAGUUUGUUGAUGGAUUCCAGAGAGUUUCGCCCUCAGAAUCCUAUUUAUUUCUCAAUGCAAAGACCGACUACGAGAGCAAAGUGCUCGUCCUGAGGAUGAACAGCUCUAAAGGGAAAAAGACAGACAUAAUCAAAUCCCUACAGGCUGCAACGAUACGAUGCUACAGUGGUAAAGUUCGUCCAGUGCUCGUCGCCUGCACCGUUAUUCCCUCAGUGAACGGUGUUAUUUGGGCAGGUGUGUUCAGUGCGCAGAAUCAGCAGGAUCCGGAGAACAGCGUGCUGGCUCUGUACAACAUCAGUAACGUUCAAGGCCGAGUGAAGGGCUUCUGCGCUUACGGUGAAAAAUGUGAUUCUGAGAGUGAUACUGAACUUCAGCCGCUCUCUGUGGUGUUCAAGUACAGCUCAAUGUCAGCAGUGGCAGCAACGAGCAUUGAAUCCUGGAUUGUGCUGUUCAUAGGAACCAGUGAUGGACAACUCAUAAAGCUAGUGUUGAAUGAGAAAUUCACACCAGGCUGUACAACAGUGCUGUACAAAUCUGAUGAUGAACGAGCAGUGCUUCCCAGAAUGCACUUUGAUCCAGUAGAUUCCAAACAUAUCUACAUCGCUCUGAAGAAACAGGUGAGAAGAGUGUCCAUUGUUCAGUGUGGUAAUUACAGCAUUCUGAAAGACUGCAGAGCUGCUCUGGAUCCUCUCUGCGGCUGGUGUCUGAACUCACUCGGAUGUUCUACUCAAGAUGAAUGCUCAAAUACUUCAUGGGUGUCCAUCCCAAAAAACUCUCUUCAGACACAGCUGUUUUCUUUUCAGAUGACAGAGAAUUCUUCUAGAAAGAUUACUCUAUAUCUUUCCUUGAGUCUGGAGAGCACAGGAAAUCCUGCAUUCACAUGUGCCUUCACCACAGGAACCAUGAAGCUGUGUGAUGGGUCUGAUCUGUCUGCAGUUUUCCCAACCUGCUCCUGUAGUUUUUCUGACCAGAAGCUCUAUACUGGAGUCUCUGCUACUGUUACUAUUGAGGAUCAGAAGAUCACAGAGAUGAUGACACUGAAGAACUGCUCCAGUAUCACAGAUAAUUCACCAAAUGCUUCUUAUACACAGUGUGUGCAGUGUAUCUCAGCUGGGUGUCACUGGUCCUCAUCCUCCAAGCGUUGUGAAUGGGCACAUGGACGUGGACCACAGUUAAACAUACAGGAUGCAUGUAAACAUCUACUCUCUGAGAUGGUCUACGAUGUAAGUAUUCAGUCUCUGGAGCCGAACAAGGUUUCUUUCCAUGGCAGAAACAAUGUUUUACUAAGAGGAAGGAACCUGGAAUCUGUCACUAAAAUCCGUAUUCAAGGGGAUCUGUACUGCAUUCCUAAAGAAUCUCCAGUGUUUGAUCGCUCCAGUGACACUCUAAGGUUCCACAUUCCUCCCAGUGGAACUAAAGGAACAGUGAAAGUGUGUGUUGUUACUCCUGACGACCGUUGUCAUGGCAACAGCAUCAUCACUUACAGUUCUCAGCCCAGCUGCACUGGAAUACAGCCCACAGUCACCUGGAGCAGCGGUGGAAGGAAGAUUCAUAUUCAGGGCAGCAAUCUGGAAUUAGUGGAGUCAGUUACUGUCCUUCCCUUUGCGCUGGAAGCACAAUACAACACAAGCUUAGGGGACAUGUGGUUUCACUCACCCCCCUAUGAUGGCGGUGGUCAGUUUAGCUUCUUGUUGAAUGUUGGGAACUCCACUGUGGACUGUGUGGAUUAUUUCUCCUACAAGCCUGAUCCAGAAUUCACUGGAUUCACCACCUUACAGGUGGCCAACGAUCUACAGGUGAACAUUCAGAAAAAGAAGGAUGAUUUGAAUUUGAAUAUCAGUGAGGUGAAUGUAACGGGUGUACAUGGAGAUCAGCAGUAUCGGUGUGUUUUGGAGAAGAUUGAGUCCAAUGCGGUUAUCUGUACAAUCAAAGGAGAAUCAGGAGCCGUCACUGCUGUGGACUCACUCACUAUAAUUAUUGGGGGGUUUUCUAAAGACCUUGAGCCUCAAAAUGGUUCAAUAUAUUUUCUCAUCCUUGCUGCAUUGAUUCUGCUCAUAAUUCUGGGUGCUGUUGUUGGAUUCAUUGUGCACCGUAAGAGCCAGAGACAAAUGAAUGAGAGAAUGAACAAGCAACUAGAAAUGCUGGAAAGCAACAUCAGAAGGGACAUACGACAAGUGUCUGUUCCUCUUCCUCUUAGAUGUACAGUGGCAUCUCUGUUGACUCUGGCCCUCCAUGGAGACCUGCUUUAUCUCACAGAGGUCAUGGAGGACCUUUUGCAGAGUCUGAUGGACCAGUCCAGCAAUGCAAAUCCCAAACUUCUCCUGCGCCGCACAGAGUCCAUAGUGGAGAAGCUUCUUACCAACUGGAUGUCCAUCUGUCUGUACGGCUUCCUCAGGGAAUCAGUAGGACAGCCUCUCUUCCUGUUGGUGUCAGCUUUGACUCAGCAAAUCUCGAAAGGGCCGGUGGAUUCGGUGACUGAGAAAGCUCUGUACACUCUUAGCGAGGACUGGCUUCUCUGCCAAGCGCAGGACUUUGAGGCCUUGAAACUGAAGGUGGUGUUUGCUGUGGGGACUGGAGGAGAGGUCAGUGAACCCUUAGAGGUCAACGCACUGACCUGUGACACAAUACAACAGGUCAAGGAGAAAAUCUUGCAGACCUUCCAGCGCAAGUUUGGGUUCCUCUUCCAGCAGAUCAGGGAUAUAGAAAUUGAAUAUGAAAAGGAAAGAAAGUUUGUCAUGCUACAGGAAGUCGAUGAGUCCUCAGAGAUUCGGGGGCAUGUUACCAUGUUGAACACUCUAAAACAUUAUCAGGUUGGAGAUGGAUCAUGCAUUAAAGUUAUCACAACAAAAGUACAUGCACCAUUGAGGUCUCAGAGCAGUGUAAAGGAUGAUGAGAACUUUGCUGUCAAGUACUUCCAUCUGGUCGAUCCAGAUAUCGACACAGACCUGAGCAAGCAUCCAGAGAAAAAAGCACUAAAAUUCAAAGAGAUGUACCUCACCAAGCUGCUCUCCACUAAGGUGAGAAUAAUUGACACACAGAAGCAUUUUAUUAUAUACUGUAUAUUGUAUAGACAGAUGCAGAUACAGAUAGAUAGAUAG